AUGACUCAAGAUUUUCUGCAACCUAAGAUCUAUAAUAUCGCUGAAAGAAGGAAUUACACGCCGAAUCUCACUUCCACCGAUUAUGAUAGUAAUUUUUUGAAUCAAGGAACACCACUAGUUAUUGAUAAUGGCUCAUAUCAUUGUCGGGUUGGAUGGGCUACUGAAUCUUCUCCUACGCUACAAUUCGACAACCUGGUGUCGAAAUAUAGAGAUCGCAAGCUAAAUCAGAGCAUGCUGAUAGUUGGUAACGACAUUUACACGGAUGCAACAGCGAAAACAAAUGCAAAAUCUGCCUUUGAUGGAAAUGUCGUUUAUAACUUUGAGACUAUGGAGUACACUUUGGAUUACAUAUUCGUAAAACUCGGAAUAACUACUGAAACGGUAGACCACCCAAUUUUAAUGACUGAACCUAUUUGUAAUCCAAGUCAUUCAAGGAAAUUGAUGUCUGAAUUGUUAUUCGAAUGCUACCGCGUACCUUCUGUGUGUUACGGUAUUGAUGCCCUCUUUAGCUACCAUGCAAAUGGUUUAUCGCUAGAUGGAGGGAUCAUCAUCUCUUCUGGUCAUACAACCACACAUGUUAUACCAGUAGUCGGUGGUCGUGGGGUUUUGGAACAAACCAAAAGGAUAUCAUAUGGAGGACUGACGUCCACCGAUUAUAUGUUGAAGUUAAUGCAACUUAAAUAUCCGACUUUUCCAACGAAGAUGACUGUUAAUCAAGCGCAAUAUCUAGUGCAUAAUUAUACUUAUGUGGCGGAAGAUUAUUUUUCAGAGUUAAAGGAAUAUUCAAAUCCAACAUCAUUCGCUGAAAGAGAUCGGAUUAUUCAAUUUCCUUAUGUCCCACCAGCAAAUGAAAAAACUGAAGAAGAAUUGGCCAGGGCGGAAGAAAGAAAACAAGAACAAGCACGUCGAUUGAAGGAGCAGGCAGCAAGAUUGCGCGAGAAAAAGUUGAGAGAUCUUGAAGCCACUUUAUCUUCCUAUACGGAACUAAAAACAAGUAAAUCAUCGAUAAGAAAGUCAGAAUUUAUGGCGAGACUUAAAGAAAACAGGAUAAGUGACGAGUCAGAAUUAGACGAGUUAAUCCAAAAGACCGAGAAAUCAGUUCAACGAGCAAGAAACAAACUACUGGGUAUAGAUGAAGUUGAAAUAAAGGAAGAACCUACCUUUCCGUUGGUAGAUAUCCCAGAUGAUCAAUUAAACGACUCCGAGAAAAAAGAAAAAAAGAAGCAGAUUGCAGCAAAAAGUCUUCACGAGUCGCGGCAAAGACAGAGGGAGGCUAAAGAACUAGUUAGAAGGCAGCAUGAAGCAGAAGAAAAAAUGGAGGAACAAAAGCGACAAACUGAUUUUGAAGGAUGGUUAAGCGAAUUGAAGCGUAAUUAUCAGGCUCAGCUUGAAAAAGUAAAGAGUCUAAAGCGGAAAAAAGAGCAACUCUCGGAUCGAAGGAGUCACGCUUCACAAUUACGAAUGAA